AUGAGCUCUAGAGCACUAAGGAGAUUAGAAGAAAAUGACUUAGAGAAAACGCUGGCGAAAUUGGCGCCUUCCACCCAAAAGCAAGAACCCUCCGCAAAAACUAGUAGCGUAAAGGCUCCUAAACAAAUCAACCUAUUCGCGCUGAUGGGACAAGAUGAAGGCGACGACUCAGAAGAUAGCGAGGCCUCUAAUGCUGAGGACAGGCCCAUACCUGCUUCAAUUAACGACAAACCUGCUCAAAAGCCUGUUCAAGUUCUUACAAAGUCUCAGAGGAAGAAGAAUAAGAAGAAUAAAAAAUCAAAGCAGAAGCCGAAGCCCGCAGCUGAUUUGAGCGAAACAGAAAACGGUAACGGGGAGAGUGAUGAGGAGCUUGACCGCAUGAUUCUUCAAUUUCAGAAAAAGGAUUUGGAACAGAGAAGAUCCGUAGAUCCUGGGCUUACGGCGUCUGACGAAUCAGACUAUGACACAGCUUUUGAGGAUGAGGAUGCGAGCCACUUGAAAGGCCCAGCAGACGUGAAGACUGAUCCUGGCUUUACAAACUUUACAAGCUUUUCCGAGAUCAUUAAAAUUUUUGGCGACAUAGAUAUGAAAAAUCUCAACCCCGACAACGAGUACAAGCUACUGUUUGGGGACUUGUCUCCUGAAUCGCUGGCAGAUGUGGAUUCUAUGACCUCAACACAUGUGUCACCCCAGGUCAUGAAACAGAUUGAAAGGCUCAAGCAUAUGGUUCGUAAUUGGGGUGGUAGAGACCAUAAAACAGUUCCAAAUGGUUCAACAACCCGGCGCCUAGCUUUCACAAAAAUAAGAGAGGACUGGAUCCCAACUCCUAGGGGUGAAUAUACUAUCACGCAGCUAAGCCAAGAUGAAGUCGUGGAAUGGCAGUCUUGGCUGAGAUCGCAAGAUUGGAUGGAUGAGGUUAGAAAAACCGCCCACAAAUGGAAGGAUGCGGGUAUGAACUUUUACAAGUUUGAGCCAUCGAAUACGGAAACUAAUCGAAAGGCCAUGACAGAGUUUUAUAUGAGUGUUGUGUUGCACCCUGACCACGAAGCGCUCAUUCAUCUAAUAUCUUCAAAGUUCCCUUACCAUGUACCUGCUUUGCUUCAAGUUGCAUUAAUCUUGGUAAGGCAGGGUGAUAAAGCAAACAGUAAUGGGUUAGUUGAAAGAGCGCUUUUUGUCUUUGACCGUGCCUUGCGGUCUCACAUAUCUUUCAAUGGACUAUCAUGCCAGCUUCCCUACAUUUAUUUCUUCAACCGGCAGUUUUACUUCGCAAUUUUCAGGUAUGUGCAGAUCCUCUCUCAAAGAGGUGUUGUGUCCACCGCCAGCGAAUGGUGCAAGGUCUUAUGGUCUUUGUCACCAUUAGAAGACCCUUUGGGAUGCAGAUAUUUCAUUGAUCAUUACUUGCUUCUCAACAAAGAAUAUUCCUAUAUGGCCAACCUUGCAAGCUCGCCUUUGGUCAACACUUACAUGCAAUGGUAUACCCUUGGUCUCUCUUUGGGCUUUGUGUUAUCGUUUUUGAAGUUGGACAUGGUUGAAAAAGCCAAGACUGAGCUGAGAAAAGCCUUUACAUAUCAUGCAGCUUCUUUGUCGACUAUAUUCAAGGAAGUUGCGCUUGGGGAUGCUAACUUGUUAAACGGCCUAGAUUUCCCAGAACCUUGCUCUGAGAUUGAGCUAGAAUCAAAAGCGUAUCUCAUCAGAAUGAAGGCUAUCUGGGGUGGGGUCGAGAUCAAAUUCCUGCAUGAUGAAAUACUGAAUAUUCUGUCCGAAUACAAGGCAGGGAAAAUACAGUUGGAGUGUACUGCCCCGAUCGAAACACAAAACGAACUUUUCCUUGGGGACAUUCCAAUCAAUUUGUUGCGUUUUGCAGUUCUUUCGCAAGAGUCUCCCUUAAUGGCUUGCAUUCCUCAAGAAAUUUGGUCCGAAAGAGAUGUUUAUGAGUUCGAUGUUCUUCCCCCACUACCUCACGACCGCGAAUCAGAAGACUUAGUUGAAACUGUCAAGACCUUUGUGAGUGAAAGCGACUUAUCAAUGUCACAAAUGGAAGUAAUGCAAGAUGAAAACAUGCUAAACCAAAUCAGACAGUUGUCGCUAGAGCAGUUUUUACAAGAAAACCCUAAUGCCGACCUUGGUGAUUGA